CCUUUCCACAGAUCUAAACUCCAACCCUUAAAAAUGUAAUAUCAGAAUCUAUCAACACACUCUCAAUUAGGUGCAAGCAGGUGUAGGAAUCUAUGACAUAUAGUCACUAUUUUUGCCAUUUGUAUGAAAAAGUAAUUUGAUCUUUUAGCAUUUUGAGUAUAUUUUGAUAUAAAAUGUUUUGUAAAGCUAAAGAGUGCACUUAAACACGACUUUCAAACACUUCAGAUUGCAGCUGUUCGUUAUGGUUGCUUUAAGGUCAUGUUUUUCACUUUCAUUUCAAGUCACUUCAGUGAUGCAGUGUAUUAAGUAUGUAUGGAAUUCAUUUCAUAGCAUUUAAAAAAAAAAUUGUGGUCCCUUUUGAAGAGUGUAAUGUGGCAAUUGCCUGUUUUUUUGUGAAUGCAUUGUGAGUAUGCAUCUCCAUGGCAGCAGAUUUUCAACCUGUAAAAGCGUAAAAGUAUAGAAAGUUCUGAAAGAACUGAAGAGAACCCUUCCAAAACAUUCCAAAACCCUUAUACUGAGUUAGUGUUGUACGCAGAGCUUUUAAAUCAAGAUUGUACUUAAAUUCAAGACUUUUUUUUAUUUGUCCAGGUUUUCAUUUUUUUUCCAUUUAAUCUGCAAAAAUCUUUAAGAUAUUGAAAUGUAUGAAACAAAGAAUGAAGACUGACACUAAUCAUACAGACAAGUGUUUCAUUGCAGCAAAAAACUGGAAAGUCUCAAACAUUCUCAAAUCUAGAGAACACCAUCUUCUUGAAGAUUUCCCUGAAACUUUUCUGCCGAUAACAUUAGUAAUUAAAUUAUAACAAAAAAAAAAUUAUUUGUACUUGUAGUCCAGAUCUCUGAACUAAAUAUCUUAUAUUUCCAGCAUCAUUGACAUUAAAGACAUUGUUUGUUUUUUUAGUGCGAUAAAUGCACAGAGUGUGCAACCUAUACAGUUUGUAUACCUUAUUUCUAGCUCAAUGGGGCGUUUUUUUCCCAACCCAUUUCUUAGUUUAGCAUUUUACCAUCUAAUUAUGUUUUCCCUCUGCCCCCAUCUGAACCGCUGCCCCGCCCCCAUUCCUGAUGCUGACUUCCGACUGACCAUCUGAUGCUCUGACUUGGUGGCCUAUAGAUAGUGUUGUCCUCUCUGCGUUACGGAAUAAUCAGUGGCUCCUGGGUGGAGCAAGUACAUCUGUGGCGCUUCAAGGGUGUCAUACAGUGUCUGCCAAUUAUCGCCACCACCUUCUGCUGCCACCCAUGGUGCUCUCCUCCUUCAAACAUGGCCUCCUCACUGGCCAAUGGCUGAACAAGGUCAUUUAUGUUCGGUGGGACGGCGUCUUUCGCUGCAUCCCUAUCUGUGGCAUGGCAUUUGCCUGUCAGUCGCAAGUAUUGCCCACUUACGACAGUCUGGAUGAGCCCUCAGUGAAGAGAAUGAGCACAAUAUUCACCUCCUCGCUCAACGUGGUCACAACCUUCUACAUCACAGUGGGGUUCUUCGGUUAUGUGAGCUUCACAGAUAACAUUGCCGGGAAUGUACUGAUGAACUUUCCAUCUAACUUGGUAACGGAAAUGAUCCGCGUGGGCUUCAUGAUGUCUGUGGCUGUGGGCUUUCCCAUGAUGAUCUUGCCCUGCAGACAGGCUAUCAACACCAUGCUAUUCGAGCAGCAGCAAAAAGAUGGGACCUUUGCCGCAGGUGGGUACAUGCCACCACUUCGCUUCAAGAGCAUCACUCUAUGCAUUGUUUUUGGCACCAUGUUGGGCGGCAUCCUUAUUCCUAAUGUGGAGACCAUUCUUGGUCUGACUGGCGCCACCAUGGGCAGUCUGAUCUGCUUCAUCUGCCCAGCUCUCAUCUACAAGAAGAUCAUGAAGAACGCCUGGACUGCACAGCUGGUUCUGUGGGUCGGUCUCGGCAUCCUGCUCAUCAGUACCUUCACCACGCUGUCCAUUUCCUCCAACGAGCCACAGAAAUUAAACCCCCCUCCGGAUGUCCCUGCGAAAACUGAGGACAAGCCUCCCAUCCUUGUCGCCCCCGACUUGCCUAAAGGACCAGUGCAAGAGAAUAGACUGGAACCCGAUCCAGGAGAGAAGCCAGAUGGGCCACCAAUUGAGGUUGAACAGCCAAAAGAAAAUGCAGCAGUGGAUCCCCCUCAAAUUAAAGUAGCUGAGCGAAAGGAUUCGGAGGAAAAAGUUCAGCUGGACCGUCCUGAAGCAGGUGUUGCUGUCCCAGAAGGAGAAGCCCAUCGCCAUGAGCCGCCCAUCCCUCAUGACAGAGUUCGGAUAGAUGAGAUCAAAAACCAGGAGGAACUGGAGGAAGAAAAGAAACUACCUAUAGAUGUAGGGGAAGAAAAGAAGCUACCUGCUGGAGAGGAGGAGGAGCUUCUUGCUGAGCAGGGGGCGGGGCAAGCACAAGAGGUGGAAACUGUAAAAGAGGAGGAGUCCGCAAAAAAAGAAGAUUCAGUGAAAAGGGAUGUCGAUCAGGACAAGCAUGCAGGUAACGAAGUGUUGGACAAGGCAAAAAAUCAAGAGGAUCUGAAGCAGGCCGAGCCCUUGGUGGUUCAUAAAGAACUAGACAACCUGCAUGAAGUGAAAGAACAGCAUGAUGAGAAUAUAGUGCCUCAAGAGAUGAAGCCUGAGGAGAUAGACAAAGCCCCUGAACCUCAGGGUGAGAAAUCAAAAGAGAAGGUUCUGGUGCAGGAGCACAAGGAACAGAAGGUUCCAGAUGGAAAGGAUGUCAGGGCAGACAAGGAUGGAGAUGGGGACAAGAUGGAAGUGAUUAAAAAGAUUGUCGCAGAGGGUCAGUUGGACCACGCUGUGCUGCUCCAGGUAAUUAAGGAGCAGCAGGAACAGCAGAAAAGGCUUCUGGACCAACAGGAAAAACUCCUGGCUGUGAUUGAGGAGCAACACAAAGAGAUACACCAAAUUAAGGAUGGAGAAGAAGAACCAAAGGCAGCCGAACCGCAGAAAAGACAUGAGGAAAAACACUUAGAUGUGAAUGAGGAGGUCCAUCAAAUAAAGGAAGGAGAAGCUGAGCCAAAGGCAGCAGCAGGGGAAGGUGUGGGUGAGUUGGGGAACAUUGUGCAGAAGGAGUUUGAAGGGAUGGACGUGGCAGUGAAGCCUAAAGUUGUCGCUGUCGCUCCAGAACAAUUACAGCAGGGAGAGCUGAGUCAUGUAGUUGCAGCUGCCGCAGACGCUGAAGAACGAGAUGCAAAAGAGGUCGUAGUCGGUCUUCCCAAUAAUGCCCUUGAAGGGGUGCAAGUCGGAAGUGUUAAAGUUUUCAAGAAGGAGGCGCUGGAGCUAAAUAACCAAGCAGGGCAAGACGGAGCACUACCUCCAGAGCUCGGUGCCCGAGGUGUUCCUCUUCCCCCUCGAGAACCAGAACCGGCCAAAAUCAAUCCUGACUCUCUUGCAGAAGAGGAAGAGAGAGUGAGGCAGAAAUUGGCCCAACUGGAAGCAGAGAAGGACAGAAUAGAAAAAGAAAAAAUGGAAAAGGAAAGGAUUGAGAAAGAGGUGCAGGCCCGUGUCGAGAAGGAGCGAAAGGAACGAGAAAGAAGAGAGGAACAGGCACGUGAGCAGGAGCUAGAACGUGUGCGGCAACAAAAGGAACAGCUAGAGAAGGAAAGGCUUGAAGCGGAGAGGUUGAAACUUGAAAGAGAGAAGAUGGAGAAAGAGAUCAUGGAGCGUGCCGAGAAGGAGAAAAGGUUGUUGGAGCAUAAGGAGCGGGUAGACCAGUUGCAGAAGGUCAUCGAUGCGCGACAGGGUAAGGGAAGUCUUGAGGAUGAGAGUUUGAAACGAGAACGAGAGAAGACUGAUAAAGAGAUCAUGGAGCGUGCCGAGAAAGAGAAAAGGAUACUCGAGCAGAAAGAACAACUAGACAAACUACAGCAGGUCAUUGACGCGAAGAAGGAUGGUGAUGCCCCCAAAGCAGAAGUCCUGCCAAUGCCUAAACAAAAAGGAGGCAGGGACUUGAAGGAGAAUAUAGUUCCACCAGAAGAGCUGAAGAAAGAGGAAAAGAGGAGCAGAGAGAAUGGAGGGCUGGACCUCAAGAGGAGACGCAGAGCUGUGGACCCCGCUGACCUGGAUCUUCUGCAGGAUGUAGGAGGCUUAGACUUACACACUGACCUAAAGGGACAGCUCUUGGCAGGAUCUCUAAUUCACACUCGCCAGCUUACACAGACAUUUCAGAGGCAGGAGAAUGAAGACUAGAGCAGGUUGUCCAGAAUUACAACCCCUGGAACCCAGUGGACCUCUCAGUGGACCUCUCAGUGGACCUCUCAAAAUCAAACAUGAUUUGGAAGUGAGAAAAAUCUCUUUCCUCUUCAUUUUAAACGUAGAUGCCUUUAUCUAAGACAUAACAUUCCUUUUGGGUUCAUGAUGACAGCGGGCACUUUGAUUUGAUCCUUUAGUUGUCCGCCGGGAACCCUGGAUCCAUAGUCUCUUAUGAGCUUCCAUUAUUGUUUUGUGUGAGAUUUUGCUGAAUCUGGCGCAAUAAAGGAAUGUCUGGUGUAAUAAACUGGGCGGGCAUCACAUUAAAAACGCGCUUUGAUGGGCACACAGGGCAUUUCAGAGAAUUGUGUUUUGGACCGUCACAUAGGAAAGCAGCACAAGUGUACCCCCUUGUGGCUGCUAUGGUAAAUUGGACAGCUGGUUCUAAAAUGUAAUGUCACUAUUGCAUACUUCCUUAUUUAAGUUUUAUCUUCUGUGAAUGAAAAAUGAAGCCAAAUUAAUACAAGAUGCGUUUUUUAAAUUCAGCUUUUAUCUUCUUGCAAGAGCUUUAUUUUCUCUGUUUCGUCGUGUUUUUUUCAAUCUGCAAUUCUGUGUAAUGAAAAUGGAGUGUUAGUGCUACUUUGGCCAACAGGUUCAGUGGUCCAUACUGGCAUGUUUUUAUCUGAAACUAUGGUCACUCUCUUUAUUUUUCCAGUGUAAAUUACUAAACGGUAUUGAAAAGUGUUGUAAGCCUGGGCUGAGACUUGAAUGGUGUUCAGAAAAAGCCUGAUGAAUUUGUCCCCUUUUUUUGUCAUUUGUCAAAGGAGUGCUUUUUUCUAUGCAUGUCUUCAGGAUCAGAUUUUCCUUCUAAAUGGUUAACUUGCGAUAAAUAAUAAUUUAUUUAAAAGUUAACUAACAGUUAUAACUAACAGUAAAUCAUACCAGCUGUAAGUGAAUGAAAUGUUUGAAUCUUUUUGCUAGUUGAGUUUUUCUUCUUCAUCAAGUUUUGGUGUUUCAGGUCUCUGUGACUCUUUGUGAAAAUACUUUCAUUAUUUGAGAUUGAUCUGAAAUCGGACCUUGUAUAUAUUCCAGAUUUAGUGUAAAACAUAACAUUACUGUUUUCCACAGUUAAUUCCUUUUUUUUUUCCAGUGGAUAGCAGGUUUCUUUUCAGGGUUGAAUUUCUUUUCUCUUGAACAUUCCCUAUUUUUGCCUAUGAAGAUUUGAUUCUGGUCAGUGCCUUACGGGGUGUAUGUUCUGCAGUGAUGUGUAUUUAAAGUCUGUUACACCCACACUGUGUGUGGAUUACAACUUUUUCUCCCCUAUCUGCAUUUUCUAUAUCUUGCUGGUUAAACUAGUCAAGAUAAUGGACUGUAUUCUUUUGAUGAAUUUCCUGUUUCUCACUUUUGGGGAUCUUUUUUUUUUUUUUUUUUUUUUUUCAAAAGACUGUAAAUGUAUAAGAAAUAGUUCAAAGUCAUAUGAGAUUCAUUAAAAGAGGUCUGUCUUAGUGGUCAGUAACACUGCUCACUUGUCCAUAUACAGUUACCAGAUGAUGUGUAGAUCUCUAAAAAUAACUCAAUUUACAGGCUGAUGACUGUUUGAUGGCCCAAAUUAUUUGUGUUCUGUAAUUGGAAUAAAUUAAUAAACUUAUUUAUGUAACA